CUGAUGUGGGGAAGGGCAGAUUUGCGGUAUUGAAGGGGGUUUCGAUUUCUAGUGUUUGGUGCACGCUGAUCUCGGGAGUUUGCACGAUCGCUGACGUGGGAAUUGGUCGAUUGUUACAUGCAGUGCAGGGGGUGGAAUCGAUGGGGUUCGGGUGCAGCAGAUGGGUGUCCAAUCCUCCACUGACACUCCGAAUCUCCAACUGUAUGGUGUGAGGUGCACGGAUACGCUUAUGCGGCGCCACCUGCUUCAAGUCCUCCGUCGCGAUUUCCUGUGGCCUGUCUGUGGUAGCUUGCAACAUCAAGCCUGUACAGCUACUCUUUCUUGUCACUGCCAGUUGCAAAAGUGCAGGCUGUACCGCGAACACUGAACGGCGGCAGUCCGCGCCAGAGCUAGGGGCGAAGCUUUCAACAUCGUUCCUGAUUAACAGAGGCCAACCGUUUCCAAACUCGGAUUUUAAGAGGUACGCUUUGAUUUGAUAACAUGUUCAUUGCAUGGGUCCAAGUCCACUGCUCUCCAUUCCCCGACCAUUUGUGCUAGCAUGUCGUCUUAACGCACACAGCUUGGUUUCUUACUGCACUCAUUUCAGUCCUGAGAAAGCGUUGCGGCGAGUCGCUUGUGUCGAGAUCAAGGGACUUUUUUUUUGUUUCGCGAGUGACUACUUAAGGUCAAUUGAGGAAGAUUUGUAAGGGUGUGUGUGCCGCCUUCACGGUGGCGUGGACAUCGUGACCUAAUUCAGUGCUAUGCAAAAGGAUCCCACUGCUGCAUCUGAGCACUUUCCAUUUAGUUGAAAUGAAAAUUUAUUGCCACCAAUUGCAGUGCAACGCUGCUAUAGAUGUGCUUGCCUGGUGUGUGCGCUACGACAACAGGCCAAUCAAGUGAAAUCGACAGUGAUGCACAAGGAGCGGAUCAGUCCAUCAGAGAACCUGCAGCUUAGAAGCUCUCUUUCUGUAACUGGAGUUCCUGUCGACUCUUAGUUCAGUACGAGGCACCUAAGUAUUUACCUUGGGGCGUGCAUCAGUACAUGAAGAUUUCGAGCUAGCGUAGGAGGAGAGGCAGAAGUAGAUGCUAAGGCUUAGCCAUUCUUGAGUGCAGGUUUAUCCUUAUAGACAAGGGUUUCAAAGUGCAGAAAUGUGAAGGUACAAUUGACGACAAUGCUGCGGGGGCUUAGCGGCAGGUGGACGCGGCAAGUAGCCGUUACUACGAUGUCCACAAUCUUUUGCCUGUCAGUUCUUUCCCAGGUUUUCUACCAUUUCCCAACUUCGUUGUUCGCUCGCGAUGCGAAUCAGACACCGUCCUUAAAUGUUAACGAGUUUCAACUGGGUCAAGAGGGCCGCACUAGCACACAACACAUCCAACCCACAAGACGUGCGCUUUUGCACGCUGAACACCACUCUAUUGAGAGUCAUAGCCAUGGCGUUAAAUUGGAGCUGCAGAGGAUCGAAUCACCUUGUGGGCUUCAAAAGUUUCGGGAUGAUGGGUUCAGAGAUCAUCAGAGACUCCGAUGCGCUGUCCAUAGAAGCUUGUUUAGGGCUCAAGAAGUUAGGAAGAAACCCCGCAUUCAUGACAACACAGGGUCCAAGGCUGGUGGCAGCCCAACUGGGAGCACAACUGCAGUAGGGUUUACAGCUCCCGUGGCCGCGGCGAGGGGUGAGUACUUAGCUACAGUGAGAUUGGGAACUCCCGAGCGUGUCUUCUCCGUUAUCGUCGACACAGGCAGCGACCUGACAUGGGUUCAGUGCUCUCCGUGCGGGAAAUGUUAUUCGCAGAAUGACGCGUUGUUUCUUCCCAACACGUCGACAUCCUUCACCAAGCUGGCCUGCGGCAGUGCACUGUGCAACGGCCUGCCGUUUCCCAUGUGUAACCAGACGACUUGCGUCUACUGGUAUUCUUACGGAGACGGAUCACUCACAACCGGGGACUUCGUAUAUGACACCAUCACCAUGGACGGCAUCAACGGACAGAAGCAACAGGUUCCGAAUUUUGCAUUCGGUUGCGGACAUGACAACGAGGGGUCGUUCGCAGGUGCAGAUGGAAUCUUGGGCUUGGGUCAAGGUCCCUUGUCAUUCCAUUCGCAGCUGAAAUCGGUUUACAAUGGGAAAUUUUCGUACUGCCUAGUGGAUUGGUUAGCCCCACCGACACAAACCAGCCCGCUGCUCUUCGGCGACGCUGCCGUGCCCAUCCUCCCUGACGUCAAGUACCUCCCUAUCCUCGCAAACCCCAAGGUCCCUACAUAUUACUACGUAAAGCUGAACGGGAUCAGCGUGGGUGACAAUCUGCUCAAUAUUUCCUCUACCGUCUUCGACAUUGACAGCGUCGGUGGGGCCGGGACCAUCUUCGAUUCCGGCACAACGGUGACACAGUUGGCUGAGGCAGCGUAUAAGGAGGUUCUAGCAGCCAUGAAUGCAUCCACAAUGGCCUACUCGCGCAAGAUAGAUGACAUUUCACGGCUCGAUCUCUGCCUUUCGGGAUUCCCGAAGGACCAGCUCCCUACUGUCCCGGCUAUGACGUUCCACUUCGAAGGGGGCGACAUGGUGCUGCCUCCUUCCAACUACUUCAUCUACCUUGAGAGCAGCCAGUCCUAUUGCUUCGCCAUGACUUCUUCCCCGGAUGUGAACAUCAUCGGCAGUGUACAGCAACAAAACUUCCAAGUCUACUACGACACAGCUGGCCGCAAACUGGGCUUCGUCCCCAAAGACUGUGUUGGCCGGCGGUGAAGCACCACAUCACUGACAUUUUUCGGGAAUCUAUCAAAUGAAGGUUCCAUCUCCAUAAAUAUUUUUUAGCUCUACAGUUGCAGUGCCUUGAUCGACACUCCCUUUGAUUCGCCACAUAACUUAUGUACUAGAACAACAUCCAACUAGUUUUUCCCUGUAUGGAAUCCAUUUACGUUCAACCUGGCUCAACCUUGAAGAUUAUCGACACACAAGCAAGUCGUUUUCUCAUUCAACAAACUCGACUUCGGCAAAUUACGUUAAAUAACUUUCGGUACAUACUUCUUCGUUUCUACACAAGAUAAGACUACACUUCAUAGAUGACUGAACUCUAUGCCUACCGCUCUUGUCAACCGUGUAAGGAUUCUUUGGGAUGUUCUGAUCUGAAAUGAUCUGUGUUAGAAUGCAAUAAGCACCAACUUGCAUCCUCCGGUAGUCUUCGCUAAAAUCUUGCACAUUGAACGCUAUGCAAAUCUGAACAUGUGCGUUGCCUUCGUUUUAAUUAGCAGACAUUUACGGAGGACAAAGAUGAAUAGAUGACCUAUGUCACUCACGUAAUUGUCUUGAAAAAUGACACUUAAAUGUCAUGAUCAUAGAUUUGUAUAAGUUGUAGAAUGAGACAUAUUAAAUAAAAUAUCUGAUAUUGUUGUGUAGA